AUGACUUCUACUACGGAAGACAUCCCGUCCGUUUUGGACGUCGCCAUCAUCGGAGCAGGCCAAUUGGAUCCAGACGCCAAGGUUGCAAUCUUCGAGCGAGACAACAGUGUUGGCGGUACCUGGAGCAAAGAACGAAUUUAUCCGAAUCUAGUAGCUCAGGUUGAGUACGGAUACUUUAACUAUCCCGGCACUCCCAUGCCCAAAGAUGGUGCAACAGAUCAUAAUCUUGUGUCGGGGACCAUGAUUUUUAACUACCUCGAUCGCUUCGCCAGUGACCAUGAUCUAAAACGUCGAAUAUACUUUAAGAGCUGGGUUUCCGAGGUUGAGCGUUGCGAUAGAGGCUGGAAACUAACGGUAAACGGGCGAUCCGUUGAGUCAACCAAACUGAUCAUCGCAACCGGCGUGACAUCAGUCAAAAACUCGCCCUCUUUCAAAACCAUGGAAGGUUCCAUACCCGUGAUCCAUAGUCUUGACAUUGCUCGCAACGCGCAAGAUUUUUCGAGUAAUAUGGCACAACACUUUCUCAUUGUGGGCGCAGCUAAAUCUGCUUAUGAUGUUGUGUAUCAACUUUGUACGAUGGGGAAGAAAGUUACGUGGGUCAUCCGCCCCGAUGGUUCUGGACCAAUGCCAAUCAUGCCAUCUGAAGUACUCGGGAUGAACACAAUCACUCUUAGCUGCAAUCGUUUAACAAGCUAUCUGAGUCCUUCACUCAUGACAACAUAUUCAUGGCUGGGCGGAUUUUUUCAUAGGACAGUUCUGGGACGCUGGAUUACCAAAGCACACUGGAACUUCAUCACUGGUAGGGCUGAAAAGGCAGCUGGGUUCGGAGGAAAUGCAGGGAGUGUAGAAGGGCUCAGACCCGACGUACAAGAUGCCAGUUGCUUCUGGUGCGAUAGCUCAAUUGGUUUGAUCACUAUGGGUGAUUUCUGGAGCACGCUGAAGGAAGGAGAUAUCACGAUUGUCCGUGAUAACGUCGACAUCGUAGAUGAUUCUGGGGCAUUGUUGCGAUCUGGAAGGCGGAUUGAUGCAGAUCGCGUCAUAUACUGCACUGGUUGGGGUGAUCACUUCAGCUUCUUUUCGGAAGCGAUGAAAGAGGAGCUGGGUAUUCCUCGGUAUGGAGUCCCGAGCGCCACGAAAGCUUCUUCUGCAACGGACAAUUGGCUUGUACAUGAUGAAACUGCCGACUCCGUGGUCGCUCGGCAGCUGCCCCUUUUAGCCUCUGGACCGAAAGACUUGGGAAUACGCAGCCCGAAUCGCCUUAUUACCAGGCGCCGUUGGCGACUUUACAACAGAUGUGUCCCCAUUUCCACCGCGAAAGACAGCUCAAUUGUUAUUCUCGGACAGAUCCAUACAACACAAACACCAACCAUCUCGGCUAUCCAGUGCCUGUGGGCUGUGGCGUACCUACUUGGAGAGGUCGCCCUACCACCAGAGGAUCACAUGGUUAAAGAGGUGGCCGAGUGGAACGCUUGGACACGGAAACGAUACAUGGGAGUCGGCGAGAGGUACCCAUACGCACUAUUUGACUGGAUUCCAUAUCUUGACCGUCUCUUGAAGGAUCUGGGUGUCACAACCCAGCGUAAAAGCGGUCUUUUGGCGAACUUCCUGGCCCCCCACGGGCCGAGCGACUAUGCCAAUGUGCUAGACGAGUACCUAGCCACGCGCAAGGAAAAGAAUUAACGACGGAAUUUGAAUAGAAUGAAGAGAGCCGGGAAAUUGAGGAAUAAAUCAGGGUCGGGCCGCAUCAGAGAUAGUAGAGAUAAGCCCUUUGUCUAUGAAGGGCCCCUGGUGCCAUUGCGCACCGACGAUUUAGAAUUUCAGCAUAAUCUGCUAACUUUAUAGCAAU